UUUAUCUCUCACUUCUAGUAAGAUUUUGUCCUACAUCACAAGGUAUUUCCUGUACAGCACCUGUUUUCUUACAUACCAUAAUCCUUUCAAACCUGGCUUCAGAAAUGCAAGCUCCAGUACAAGCGCAGCCGGUGGUCAUCGUGACUCAGCCUGGAUAUAGUGGCCGAGCACCCCAAAACUCCAACUGGCAGACUAGCAUGUGUGACUGCUUCAGUGACUGCCAAGUCUGUCUCUGUGGCACAUUUUGUUUCACAUGCCUCGCAUGUCAAGUUGCAGCUGACAUGAAUGAAUGCUGUCUGUGUGGGACAAGUGUUGCAAUGAGGACCCUGUACCGGACCCGCUAUGGCAUCCCUGGAUCUCUUUGCGAUGACUAUAUGGUAACUACUUGCUGUCUUCUCUGCUCUGUUUGCCAAAUCAAAAGAGACAUCAACAGAAGGAGAGCCAUGAAUGCUUUCUAAAAAGGUGAAGAACUUUUAAUGAAACAACUGAAAUCAGCAGACAUCUCUUCAACUUGAGUAGUUCUGUAUCUUACGCAACUGAAGCAACAUAGGUGUUUAAUCAAUUAAUGGA